AUGGUAUUGAUUGGGGCGUUUAGCGUCGAUGCUAUCGACCUCAGUCCAACAAAAAUCGUUCUCGCCGUCACUGCAUUCCUACCAUUCUGGGCCAUCGUUCGCAUUUUCUAUGCGUUAUUUAUCUCUCCCCACAAAGACAUUCCCGGCCCGCUCCUGGCCAGGUUCACAAGGCUAUGGGAGCUAAGACAAAUGAUCCGCGGAGACUCGCAUGAGACCAUCGUCAAUCUUCACAAGCAGCAUGGUCCAAUCAUCAGGCUUGCUCCCAACCGGUACUCGUUGAACACUCUCGAGGCCCAAAAGAAGAUCUAUGCCCAUGGCGGCGAUUUCAACAAGACCAAUUACUACAACGCGGCAGAAGACCCAAGCCGUCCCAACAUGUUCAGCCUGACGGAUGAAACCGUUCAUGCUGAUAGGAGAAAGAAGCUGUCAAACUUGUACAGCAUGAGUUCGCUAGUCAGCUACGAGGACGCCGUCGAUCGAAUGAAUGCAGUAUGCAUACGGAAGCUCAACGAGAUGGCGGAAAGGAAGAAGAAGGUUUUGAUCCCAGAGUUCAUGCAGUGCUACGCCUUUGAUGUUAUUGGCGAGAUCACACUGGACAAGAACUUCGGCAUGAUGGAGAACGAAGGCGAUGUCGACGGUCUGAUGAAAUUGGUGCAUUUCCUCAUACGCUAUCAAGGCGUCGUCGGCAUUAUGCCAGAAUUCCAUCUUCCAAUCUACAAACUCGGGCGUUUGAUGGGGUCGAAGGGCGUCAAUAUCAUGGAGACAAUUGCGAAAAGCCAGAUUGACAAGCAUCGUGGGAACAUCAUCGAGAAAGAGAACGCUCGGAGUGAUCCAUUCGUGACCAAGUUGCUCAAGCUUGAGUCAGCUGGAAAGGUGAAGUACGAGCACAUGUUGGAUUCGAUGGGAUCGAACAUCGCCGCUGGAUCUGACACCACCGCCAUCACGCUCUCCGCUGCUUUGUACUACUUGUACCGCAAUCCACUCAUCCUUGAGACAUUGAGAAAAGAAGUCGACGAUUUUGCUUCAGAGGGAAAGGUGUCCGACCCGAUCUCGUUCAAGGAGGCGCAGAGUAUGCCAUAUCUGCAGGCAGUCAUCAUGGAGACGCUUCGUCUGCACUCUGCUGUGGGCUAUAUCUAUCCGAGAACAGUGCCAAAAGGCGGCGUGCAGUUGAGUGGUAGAUGGUUCCCGGCAGGUACUGAAGUCGGUGUGUCUGCUUGGGCUCUUCACCGUAACCCGGAAGUCUACGGGGAAGAUGCAGAAGAGUUCCGUCCCGAGCGCUUCCUCGACAACAGUAGCUCCAAGAACCCCGCCACGCAGCUUGGAGGGUCGUUUGCGUUCGGAGCGGGGAGCCGUACCUGCAUCGGAAAGAACAUCAGCUUGCUUGAGAUGAGCAAGGUGCUUCCUCAAAUUGUAAGACAAUUUGAUCUGGUCUUUGUGGAUGACAAGCCCUGGGAGCUGUUUUCGACUUGGUUCGUUUGGCAGAAGUACUACUGCUACAUCGAGCCAAGGAAGUGUUGA